UUAGGUUACCGCCCUAUUCCAACAGACCCUUACCUGGGAGGGAAUUCACCCUUGCCACCCCCUGUAAGUGACAGAAUGAGAAAGAGACGGGCUUUUGCUGAUAAGGAGUUGGAGAACAUUAUGCUAGAGAGAGAGUACAAAGAGAGAGAGAUGAUGGAAGCUACACAAGCAGCUGCCCUUUUUCUCCCUAACCGCAUGGUGCAUGGAACUGAAUACAAUUCAUAUAAAACAGCCUUCAACACUACUCAAGUUGAAACUCCAAACAAGGAGUUUUGCAAUUUUUUACCAACCUGCCUUGAUCUAACCAUGCAGUAUUCAGGAUCCAGCAAUAUGGAACUAAUUUCUUCAAAUGUCAGUGUAGCUACUACCUACAGGCAGUAUCCCCUGUCUUCUAGGUUCUUAGUGUGGCCAAAAUGUGGCCCCAUUAGUGAUGCUCUCCUCUACCAGCAAUGCCUGUUAAAUGCUACUGCUGUCCAAGCUCUCAAACCUGGGGCAGCUUGGGAUGCCAAGGUCUCACAAAGUCAGGACUGUCCAAACACUGAGCACAACAUCAUGUCUCCAAAACUGGAAAAUUCACUCAUUCUGACCCACAUGCAAGACAUUCAGCAGUCAUGUAAUGAGAUACUGUGCCCUCCUCAGGAAGCUCGUGAAAGGUCAGCAUUCUCUCCUCCAAAAAGGACUUUCAGUCAGAUUUCUGAUAAGGAUUCUCUGGCUCCUCAGGAGCAGGUAUUAAGCAAGAUCAGCAAAGACAGUACCAAGCCCCAUCCACCACUCAAAUACAAUAAAUUUCAGUCACUGUUCCAGCAAACAUUUCCUGACAGAUCAGAAGCAGAGUUGAGAACAUCAUUUGUGAAAGAGGCUUUUGAAGAUGCUCCUAAGAAAUACAGAGAGUGUGCCAUGAAAGACAACCAAAAAUGCAAGGUUACAAUAGACAAAUGCACAAAAGACUUCUCUGGGGCCAAACAGGCCACAACAAAACUUUCAACAACUGAGCCACUCUCAUUUUCAGUUGAAUCGAUCCUUAAACGACCUUCUUCUGCAGUUGCUAAUGUCUCUCAAUGA